UUGAAUUACGAACAUGUACGAAGGUUAGAGAGAAUAAGAGAUUGGUCGCAUAGAUCAUUUGAACUUGGUUGGAUAUCUUUAUUGCUUGUUGGUGAUCUUCGUCAUAACAUACUGAAAACGAAGUUUGCUCCUGUUUUCUUUCUGCUCUUUCAAGGAAUUAUAUUCAACAUUGGCUCUCCCUUCAAAAAGACCACGUUGCCAUAGCUACGUGAGAUCAUUUUAAUAGUGGGAACUCACCACACCACAGGGAGUCCGCAGAGGAUAAACAUUUUUGACGACAGUGAAAAAUAAGGUCAGGUAUAGUAUUGUUUGCCGAUGGCGGUGAUCUGGGAUCCGUGGUUUUCUAAGUUGGGAUCUCAAGUUUUCUUAACACCUUGCUUUAUUCUUAUCCUUGGCUGAAAAAUCAUCUCAGAGUUUAGUUGUGAAUCAUCAUCCUACAAUGAGGGCGUUUCUUCGCUUUGGGCAUCGGAAUUCUCGGUUUAGCCAUGCAUAGCCCCAUUUCGCAAUAGAAAAACGUGAAAUUGCUUAUAAUUUCAAAUAAAUGUUGUGGUUGUUUUUUUUCUGAUAAAAGCCGAAACGCGUUCCAUUCCGGCACAAGGCGGACAAACGCCGGUAUCAAAGAGGGAGUCAAGCAUCUAAAUUUUUCGUUUAUCACACUUACAAACGCAGCACAUUGUAUUUUUAGUUCAAAAUCACUGGAGCAAAACCAGCUCAAAAUAGCAUCCCAGCUAGCGGAAGACCUAGGGCUUUUAAUAAGACGCAUUGUAUUUUCAUGACGAUUGAAAUCAAAUUUUUUUCGUGGGCUGCUCGUAUAUUGUCAGUGACAGCGGUGACGCUGUACUCCCACGUACAACAAACCCAUUUCCCUGAACUAUUCAUACCGACCAAUCAGAGAGCACCAAAACAAGAUCAAUGACACCACAGCAUCUUACAUGAAUCUUCAAAAAGAAAGUAGCUGUGAAAGAGCAUGUGAAAGGACUGUGAAAACAUAUACACUGAGGUAAGAUCGAUGACUUUAACAUCGACACGUUUAUUCUUUGAAUAUUCUUUUGCUGUCUUGGGAAUGAGUAUAAAGAAGCUGUUCAUAGUCUGAUGCAAGGACUGUCAGAGCCAAGGUUUGACAACCAAAGUCCAACCAAACCGCCAAGGAAGUAAAAUAAAUACACAAGACAGUCCAUGCAAGCUUAUCUCGGUUAUCGAAGUAUCUACCAUAAACUAGAGCUACUUAGGAUUGCAAUCAUUUAAAAAUUUAUCCUAUAAAACUAAGAUUCUGCCAUCUCUAUCAGUCCAGUGGUAGUUCAAUAAUUUUGCAAUCGAUCCUUACUUUUUAUUUUAUUAUUUUCGUAUAGGCAAUCGGUAUUUCAUCAAUUUUUUUUGAAUUUCAUAACAUCCGUUCCGGCAUACAUAUAUUUAUAUGCAUAGCAAGAAGUCGAAUUUUUUACCUAUAUAUAAUGCUUCUUUACCGGCAUUAAUAAAUAAGCUGCUAUUAUAUCAUGUUACUCCGGAGAAAAUUUCCCCCCUUCGACCAACUUUCACACAUUACGUCAAGUGGUUAAUCACGUGCCACUUAGUGACGUCACUAAUGUAGGUGUGUGUCAGUUUCAUGCUCUGAAUCUAUUUCAUUUCAAAUUCCAAAAGUACGACCAGGAAGCUUUCCUUCAAGUCAGAAUAUAUAUAGGAAUUCUUAUAAUCCUAGAUAGACGAGCAUUAUUUUAAAAUUUUGACUGAAUUUUUCGAUGUUAUAGUCUGAUAGUUUCCAUAAGCCGUAUUGGCUUCAUAUGCAUCAGUAAUAAUAUGUAAACUGAGACGAUGUCAAAAAGGUUGAAUUCGCACGAGUUUAAAACCAAACGUAUGAGAAUACACACAAGAGUCUUCUGAUUCUAAUGCUUUGAAGUCACGUUUACUUGCCCUUAGACGUGACGUCCAAACUAUACCUUAGACAAACAUCACCAAGUCAUGAUGACCCUCGGUGUGCCUUUGUUUUAUCCAGCGCCAUGACUCGUCUGUAAACAUUUUCACAAUUUUAGCUUACUUAGCUUGAUCUGGGUCGCUACGAUUAUGUCAGUGAAUCACGUCAAAAGCAUCUGCUUGGAUUUCUUUAGGGGCACUGUGUAUAUUGUCGGAACGUAAGGACGGACCUAAUUGAGUAUUUGAGCAAACACUGGUGGAGAAGGUCAAUGAUUUGGUCAAACUUUCUCUUAAGCUCAGGCAUAGUUUAGAUAUAUAUGACAGGGUGAAGAGCAGAUGCCACGAUGUUUUGACAUCCAGAAGAAUUUAAAAAAUUCCACCAGACAAAUGCCUACAUUGAUAAUGGAAAGCUCACCUAAAUUCAUAACUUGUCCUGAUUGUGGCGAGAGAUAUGACAACGCAAGGAAGAGAAGACUGAUCGAUAAUUGUGGUCAUCCAAGGUGUUAUUCUUGUCUGUUUGUCGACAAACCGUGCCCACUCUGUGAAAAGUUACCCAAGCAGCGGCCAAGAUCAACUUCAAACGUUAAAACAGAAUCUGAAAACCCUGACAAGAGCGAGCAAACAGGAAAUCUAAAACAAAGCAAGGAAUAUGGCGUUGGAUCUCACCCAAAUCUAUCGAAUUUAAAGGAAAUGCACAAAGAUCGCUCGGCAACGCUGCCACCUUCGUUUAGACGAGAUAGUCACUUCAGAUCGUUGCAUCGCUACGAGCCGCAUAAUAGUUCUUCAGAAAACCUCAGCACCUCGCGUCGUAGCCCAAGCCCGCCAUCUCAACGACCCAAAAGUAUGCCCCCGAGUUACCACAAGUCAUUAGAGAACUUACACGAACAAUUCUGGAAAAGUGUACAACUGGCUGAACGUAAAUGGAGUACAGCAAAAACAAAUAAGAAGAAAGACAGCAAAGAAACUUCUGCAGAAGAAGAAAAAAGCAACACCGUGCGAUCACCGGUUUCACCACCACCACCACCAGAGAUUAUAGAUUGUCCUGCUCCAGAUGUCGUCAGAUUACCAGUCCCUUCAUCCGCGCUACCCAGGUCACCACGUGUGCUGUACCACCACAUGACCGCUGAAGAAAGAAUGAAUGAAUUGAGGCACGAAAUCAGUAGAAAGGCACAGGAACGAAAAGAAGCCAGGCCUCGAUCCUGUUCUGAUAUCCUUCAGCCACAGUCCCUCAAGGACAUUAAAAAUGAUGCGUUUGAUCUUAGGACAACAGCAACCACUCGGCCACAGUCUUGGUCACAUAAUCAGUUCCCAUCAACAACUGCGCAAGGGAUUCCUUGUGGAUAUCGAUCAACAUCGAGUCUGUCUGAACGUUCAUUCGACUCGAGGAACUCUACUUGUUCAAGUCCACCAAAUUCGUGGUCUCCGAUGCUCUACCGAAGCAGUAGCCCACAUAACUACUCUUCCGAUAAAUCAUCCGACGUGUCAUCGAUUAAUUUGUCGGAUACUUGUUCGGUCAGUUCGGGAGAUUCGGAUUCGCUUCAUUCUGGGGUUCGGAGUCCUUCGUCUAAGAAUGAGAGGGGAUUUAAUAUUCCAAGACCGCACAGUGCGCUGGAAAACUAUAGUGGUGGAUCUAGUCCUUCGCAAACUCCACGUAGAUUCCCUGUCAAUCCUCUUUCAAACGUCACUUAUUGGGUCGUUGACACGGGGAAAAAACCGCUAGAGGUGCACCAAGGGUUACAAGAGACGAACCUUGAUGAGGCAAUUCGAAGAAGGCCUAGUAAUGACGGAUCAGCACAUGCGCAAACGCAUUGGAAUGGACAGACCAAGCUUUUACCAGCUGCUGUGGUCAACGUGCGCACUGGUGUAAACACUCUUUGAUCACUGUAUAUCUUAUUCUGAAAAUCUGGUGAAGAACGUACUGAUGACAUUUGUUACUGUAGAUAAGUGAAGUGAAAUGAGCUGCGCGACUUUCAGGGAUUUUAUAUUAUGUUCAUGGAGUUCGUUGGAUUGACAGCUAUCAAUCACGGACAACAGAUUCUAAGGAUUAGACGAUUCAGACUGUUAUAUUGAGUCAGUACAUAUUGGAUUUAUUCUAACAUAAGCAACAUUCUUGGGGUGCAUGUUACGUCAUAGCCGCCAUGUUGGUUGACUACACAAAGCAUUCUUAAAUAAGCUUCUCUUGUUAGAAUAGUCAUACUGGACAGCUAAACAACAUCAAAUCAACUGUUCCUCAAUGAAUAAUUUUUUUCUGAACAGAACGGGAACUUUAAUGUACUUAUGGAGAAUUAUAGCUGUGACUUUAUUCCCGGCCAGCAUGGCGCAUUCCUUGUGAAACUUCAACCGUACGCUUCGGAUUUUCGCUUGCGCUCGCCAGGAGUGGGUGUACGAUGAAUGAUACAUGUCGCGGCCGGCACUGAACUCAUUCACAACAAGCUCGCUUUUUAUUGAGAGCAAUGAACUACGAGGAAAACCUCAACAGUAAGAGUGGGUCAGUAUAUACUUUUAUUUGAGCCUGCGGGAGAGGACUUGGCCUCACGAAAGUCCAGUACAAUACCUGGACAACCACUGAGAAUCAAUUAGCUUUUCAAAUUCUAUAAAAAAUAUCGAAAUCCUGUAAAAAAAAGUUCCGAAAUCCUGAAAAAAAUACAAUCUCUGGGCUGAGGGCUGAUCUAAGUCAGAGCGCGGCUAAUAACUAAUAGGUUGUGGAAUGCGUGCAUAAAGAUAGUAUAACAAAAUUAAAUCACAUACGAAUUCGUUGGUAAUGUUUUAAAUUAUCGUACUAGCGCUAGUUGGUGGCGGUUUACAAACAUUACCAUUCUGAUGUUAAUUUGCCAACCAUUAUCACAAUAGUUUUUGCCAAGUUGCUUUGUUGUUUCAUCAGUGAAUCAAUCUCUGGUUGGCAUGGUAAUGACAAUAGCUUACGUCACAGCAACUAGCACUAUAUAGAGGUUUUGCACCAUCACGUGAUGGCGGCCAUGUUUAGAUGGCAGAACAAUAAAAUCUCUUUACUCUAAGGGAGUUGAAUUCGUUCACGUGUAAAAUGAUUGCAUUGUUUAUGUCGUCCAACAUGGCUGAGGUCAAGCGAUGGUGCAAAACCUCUCAUAUGUAAUUCUUUAUUGCAAUAAUGGAUGCCAAUGGAUAGUUUUACAAAUGCCUUAAUUUUUCUAAUGGUCUAUGAAUGGUUUGUAUAUAUUGUAUACUAAUUCAUUCGUUGGGUUGUAUUAGACAAGAACAAUCCACAAUACACCAUAUUGGACUGUUCUGUUUGUAGAAAUAUUUCAGUUUAAAGAAUGUUAUGAAAAGAAGUCCAAAAAAACAGUAGAGUGCAAACACUUUCAACUCGAUAGAGUGAAGUCACUAAACCCGUAAUAUAGUACAGAAUAAUACAAUACCUAUUGUUACCUAUUGUUUAAUCAGUGCUAAUUAAGUACUACAUGAAAUAGUACCAGUACUAUUCAAUGGUAUAGUGUUUGCACUCUAGCUGAUGACACAAGAUAAUAUAUAUAUAUAUUCCAUAUAUUUUUCCAGUAUUUUUACAAAGUUUUUUGAUCGAUAUUGUAAUGACAAGGCCCAAAGUGUGCUGCACUGUAAUAAAAUAUAAUCAAAAACAAAAUUAUUUUCAAGACCACAUAGAAUAAAUAAA